CUCUUGAUCACUUCUUCUGUUCUCAUCAACAAAGAACUUCGACAAGAAAAGCUUUCGCCGUUUCCUCUUGCCAUCUACUUCAUCAACAGUAUUCGGCCUACCAACUCGAAAAAUCCAACUGGAAAUCAGUCAAAAUGCUCGUCUCCAAGAUCGUCAUCGGCAGCGUUUUUGCCAUGCUUCAGAUGCAACCUGCCGCCGCAAUUCCCAUCAAUGAAUAUGCCACCGCGGUUUCUACCUCUACCAACGCCACGAUGCCAGCCAGCAUGACCCUCGCGCGCCGGAUCAUCGAUGUCGACACGGUCGACUGCCACGACGAAUGGUAUCAGGAGCCGGCAGUCCGCACCAAGAUUGCCAUCACAAAGUUCAUCCGAGAGGGCAUGGAGUACCUCAGACAUGUCGCUGGCGUCCCCAAGCUCGGUCCUGGUUCCAACAACUGCGAGCGGGUCAGCUGCUCAAACUGGUCAGCCAUUUCCUGGUGCAACCACGACCCUGACAACUCAAAUGAGCUCCCUUCGUAUGAAACAAUUGCCGACGCCGCUGAGAUCAUCCUUGCGUGGUGCAAGGCGAGCAAGAAAGAAGUGCAUAUCAAGGGCCAGAUGUAUUCGAAGCAGAAGUGGAGUGUCGUUAUUGAGGGAGAUUCGUGCUGAAACGGGAGGUGUUCGCCUAUUCUCUAGACAUUUUUACGACAAAGGCGUUAGGAGCAUGGGCAUUCAUUAGCUAGGUAUCGGAGUGGGCGUCAGUCUUGAUCACAGGUUCAUGCAUUGUAGAGGGCACAGGUUCGCAAGGACGGAAUGGAGCAGGAUGUUAGCGACACUAGGAUCGGAAAAGGUGGUCUUUUCUUUUUGGGUCAGCGUUUCAAUUUUUGGGUCUCCGUAUAACAUAGAUAUCUCACGGAACAACAAGCUGAGGUGGAACUUGGAUACCUCUACCAGAGAAUAAAUUCCACUUGUCAUAUCAG